CAUAAAAUGUGUGUCAGUAGGACAAGCGCUUCCACGGCACAUGCAGAGGGCGCAUGCAGCGUGGCUUUAACAGCACGUACUCCCGCCAAUGAAAAUGCACGCUAGGAUCAAGAGGAAAGAGAAAGCUAGAUCAUGGGGCACGUUAGAGUGAGAUAAAUCCCUGCCAAAGACAACAACGGAGGUUGACGGCUCUCCUAAACCCAGUCACAUUUGCCAGUCAUGCUAAAACGUGAUUGAUGUGGGUGUGGAAGGGCGUGUGCAUGGCCAGGAGUUUGACAGUCCCACAGAGAUGCUGAUGACAAUGAACGGACAGACGAGAGACAUUACCCAGCGCACCUAACGCGUCCUUCACACUAGAUCAAGAGCAGGGUACAGGUAGCUGCGCGCGGAAAGUGUCUGCACACCUGUGACCGACUCUAUUUUUACCGACUGUUUGUGUGUCCGCUGCCAAAUGCUCUGUGCUCGAGAUACUGCCUGCCUUCUUCGGGAUUCUCACUGUAUGCACAGGCAUUUCGUGACUUUUAUACCUGUUUUCACCAGACUUUAACACACUGACCCACACUGACUUUCUCGAAGAUAAUAGUUCUGAAGACAGAGGAUCUUGAAAAACAUAUCAAAGAUGGACAGCAGUCCUGGCGGUGUGAUACUCUAUGCUGGUAGUAAUGGCAGUGCCAGUCCAAGAAGCCCAGGAAGCCCCUCUAGUGGCUAUCAAACCCAAUCUCCAUCUUCUCACUCCCAGCCAUCUUCCCCAGAGGAGGUUACGUUCACCGAGAUUGGGGCUCUCAAGCAGCAAGCACCUUCUCCAAAACUGGUAUUUCAGUUCCCUGAAAUCUACAACAACGCCACUGCAGGUUCACAGAGCUACUCCCAUCCCAUCGCCGGCAAAAGGCCUUGUGGAUUCACUGGCACAUUUACCAAGACUGGAGGCAUGGUGCUCCUUUGUAAAGUGUGUGGAGAUAUCGCAUCAGGGUUCCACUAUGGUGUCCAUGCAUGCGAAGGCUGCAAGGGCUUUUUCCGCCGCAGCAUUCAGCAGAACAUUAACUACAAGAUGUGUGUGAAGAACGAGAACUGCCUAAUAAUGCGCAUGAACCGCAAUCGCUGCCAACACUGCCGCUUCAAAAAAUGCCUGUCUGUUGGCAUGUCCCGUGACGCUGUGCGUUUUGGCCGAAUCCCUAAACGAGAGAAGCAGCGGCUUUUGGAUGAGAUGCAGAGCUACAUGAACAGCCUCAACGAAUCGUCCCCCAUGGGCAUGGAAACCUCACCACCAUGCGAACUUCCUCCCAGCCCCAGCGAGAACCAAUCCAAAGAGGCCAUUGGUGCCUUAUCACGAGCCUACCAGGACAUCUUCACAAACACGCAGGACCACCUGAGCAAGCGUGUGGGCAACAUAAACACCAGCAGCAGAUCGAGCACCUUUCAAAACAACCCUUCUCAGGACAGCAACUACCCUCAUGUGAACCCUCUCGUGGGGUAUCACGCGACUGCUCACGAAAGCUUCUCAGCCCCACCUCGCUGCCCGGUUGCUUCCAGUGACAGUAAAUGCUCGGUUUCAUCGGUGGACAGUAAUCGGUACAGCUACGCUCCUUCGUUCAGCCAAAAUCACCUCCAGAUGAGCGCCAACUCAUCCUCACAACCUACUCAGGUCGAUUACAACAGCUACGUGACUGGCGAGUCCCAAACCCAGGCCUCGUGUCCGUUUAAGUUGGCUGCUGGCUCCAAAGUGCUGGCCUGUCCACUGAACGCAUACCCUGUGUCCGCACCUGGCGUCUCCAGCCAGCAGGUGUGGGAGUCUUUCUCUCAGUGCUUCACCCCGGCUGUACGUGAAGUAGUCGAGUUCGCGAAGGGCAUUCCGGGCUUCCAGGAGCUUUGCCAGCAUGAUCAAGUCAUGUUGCUCAAAGCAGGCACUUUCCAGGUGCUCAUGGUGAGGUUUUGCUCACUGUUCAACCACAAGGAAAGAACAGUGACUUUCCUGAACGGGCAGACGUAUCCUCUCCUCACCCUUAGGGGUCUGGGCAUGGGCUCCUUGCUGGACGCCAUGUUCGAGUUCAGCUCCAAGCUGAGCUCUCUGGGCCUGGAGUCAGAUGAGAUGGCUCUCUUUAUGGCGGUGGUGCUGGUUUCUGCAGAUUGCUCUGGCAUUUCGGAUACAGUAGCUGUGGAACAGUUACAGGAAGGACUCAUCCGAGCGCUUCGCACCCUUGUCACCCGUCGCCACCCUGAUGACAGCUCUCUUUUCUCUAAACUGCUCCUGCGUCUGCCAGACCUGCACACCCUCAACAACCUUCACUCCGACAAGCUGCUGGCUUUCCGCAUCGAUCCCUGAGCUAUCACUCGCUGCAGCUGGAACUCAACCACCGGACACCACCGGCCAAUCAGAGAACACCUGUCCUGGUUAAGAGAAAGACUGCUCGUUUAGAAGAAGAGAUGUUAAGCAUGGUCCCAUAGGAACCAUUCGUUAUUAUGUGUGUUAAUGAGAAACACAAUGAACAGAUGGCUUUCAGCAAGCUCUAAACAAGACUAUAUCUCCAUUUAAGCUUCCGCAAAUCAUUUUCAUACAUGCAUUGCUCUUUUGUUCAGUUGGCCUCGAGAACAUUGUUGAUUAUUUUUAUCAGAGGGAAUGUUGCACCAGUCAUAUCAUCAUAAAUAAGCUUACACAUACCUUUUGAACAUUCCUCUGUAAUGCCUGCGCAUUGAAACACACUGUAGUAUACAGUAGAAAGGUAAUUUUAAGGACCAUUUAAAGGCAACUGUGUGAGUGUAUGUGCCUGUGUGUUUGAGAAAGGGAAUGAAAUACCAUGUACAUAAGCCAUAGAUAUCACUUAUACAGUUACGUCACAUUAAAACAUCAGUUUGAGACAAGAAUAAUACAUUUGUCACCUGUGUUAGUGUGUAACAUUUAAUUACACAAGAUUUACUGGAUUGGCAACAACUCUAGUUACCAUUUAACUUCGAUUUUAAAUGUCAUUUCACUUUUGAAAAUAGAUGAAAUUGUCAUAUUUGUUCACUUUUUUAUUAUUAUUGUCAAGGUGAAUGCAGUAAGUCAGAUUAUCACACAUUCUCCUUUAUGAAUAUAUCUGAAUCUAGGGAAACAAAACCAGCAUUCUCUCCUACGCAUGUUAUGUUUUGUAGUUUUCUGUUGUUUUCUUACUGUAAAUAUUGCACAUUUCCACUGAUGUAACGGCCUGUUCAGAGACAGAGGUUGGUGUGUUUGACUGAGAUGGGGCGUUUGGUGCCUUGUAAGAAUGGACUGUUCAUCUGUGUGUCUUUAGAAAGAGCCCCUGAACUUCUGCCACCAGCACAGUAUCUUUACAGCCUUUACUAAGAUCACAAAGCAUGUCAAAAAGGAAUUUGUGGUUGAUUUGAUCAGCUGAGUCAAUUGUUAUUAUGGCUGGUAAAUUAUAUGGUCAUCAAUCAUAUGGUAAUGUAUAUUUUGUAAAUUGAUUUCUUCUGUAGAACCAAUAUAAAUAUGAAAUUAUCUAUU